AUGGCUUCGCUCAUGGGCAACGCCGUCUAUGAGCUUCUUAAAAGACAAGCCGACGAUGAGGCAGAUCCGGAAGAUGGCGAGCCGGAGGCUGGACAGAAGGAGAUUUUCUCCUCCUGGGCAUUGUUCAUUCUGAUCAUGCUGCUCAUACUGGCUUUGUUUGCCAGUUAUAUGCUACAGCACAAGAAGAUACAAGCAAUACACGAAACGGUGAUCUCAAUCUUUGCUGGCAUGGGCGCCGGUCUGAUAAUAAAGUUGACCGAGGGAACAUUCAUCCAAAACACCGUCAGCUUUAACUACCAAUUCUUCUUCAACCUACUCCUUCCUCCGAUCAUCCUAGCCUCUGGAUACGAACUACAUCAAGCAAACUUUUUCCGCAACAUCGGCACUAUCUUGACAUUUGCGUUUGCGGGGACCUUCAUUUCAGCUAUCGUGCUAGGCUUGUUUUUGUGGUUGUGGACACGGAUACCUCUUGACGGCUUCCAGAUAUCUUUCGUGGAGGCAAUAUCAGUAGGGGCAACGUUAUCGGCUACGGACCCAGUCACUAUUCUGGCUAUUUUCAACACGUACAAGGUUGACCCAAAGCUGUACACCGUCAUCUUUGGAGAGUCGAUCUUGAACGAUGCAAUCGCCAUCGUCAUCUUCGACACGGCACAGAGAUAUAAGCCGGACGGCAAUAGGGGCGGCUCUCUGACCAUCGUUAGUUUCUUCGAGGCUAUUGGUAUAUUCUUCCUGGUGUUUUUCGGGAGUCUCAUCAUUGGAAUCAUCGUCGGCAUUGGAACGGCCCUCUUACUGAAAUUUACCCUUGUUCGCCGAUUUCCCAAGAUUGAGAGCUGUCUGAUCAUCCUGAUCGCAUACGCAAGCUACUACUUUGCCAAUGGAGCAAUGAUGUCAGGUAUCGUCAGCCUUUUGUUCUGUGGCAUUACCUUGAAACAUUAUGCGUACUACAACAUGUCACGACGUACACAAUUGACUACGAAAUACAUGUUUUCAGCACUUGCACAAUUGUCAGAAAAUUUUAUCUUCAUCUAUCUCGGACUGACCUUGUUCACGGAGACGACACUAUACUUCAAGCCCUUAUUUAUUCUCAUUGCCAUCAUCGGCAUAUGCGCGGCAAGAUGGUGUGCGGUAUUCCCUCUUUCGAGAGCCAUCAACUGGUUCAUCCGCUACCGUGCAAGACGGAGAGGGAAAGAUGUGGCCGAUGAGCUCCCUUAUUCGUAUCAAGUAAUGCUUUUCUGGGCUGGACUACGUGGUGCUGUCGGGGUGGCCUUGGCUGCUGGUUUAACUGGAGCCAAUGGUCCCACUCUACAGGCUACGGUUCUUGUGGUGGUUGUCCUCACCGUCAUCAUAUUUGGCGGCACUACCGCCCGCAUGCUCGAGAUCAUGGGCAUUCGGACUGGCGUGGUCGAAGAGAUCGAUUCGGACGACGAAUUUGACAUCGAAACAGCUACAAAUGGUACCUACUACAAAAGUGCGGGCAAUGCAGUGGGCUACUUGCCACAGCCACGGAAGGGCAGCGGUGUUCCAGUUGAUAGGAACGGUCUCCGCGUUAAUGGAGGUGCGGAGUCUGGAUAUAGUAGUGGGACACCCAGCGUCAGCCCUCCAAACAGACCAACAUCCCGCAACAACUCUACUGUCGGUCAGAGGGAGAGGGAAGCCGAGUUCGCGCGUCAGUCUUUGUUGGCUCGAGGAGACAAUGUGCCCAGCGAAGAGGAAGAUCUAUACUCUGAUAGUGACCUUCCGCCAGCAGCUCGGACUCGGCCACCAAGAAUAAAAGCGUCUCCAACCAGGGGUGACCCUCGGGCAGCAGCAGCAGGAUCAUCUCCUGCCGCAACGAACCACCCGCCAAGCGGGGAUGUCGAUCUGAGUGCCACCGGAGCAUUCAGCCAACUCUUUUCUGGCACAUCAGAAGAACAAGCGGCGUGGUUCACACAGCUUGACGAAGGCUUUAUCAAGCCCAGGCUGCUGCUGGAUCAGAAUAGGAAGGGCGGCGGCGGCGUUUAG